GCCCCGAGCGGGCGGCCCAGGCGGGGCGGGCGGUGGCGGCGGCCGGUGCGGUCGCGCUCAGGCGCCCCGUGCGCCGCGCUCCAUGCCGGUGUGGUGCUGCCGCUGCUCCCUGGCCGGGCAUUUCAGAAACUAUAGUGACACUGAAACCGAAGGAGAGAUUUUUAAUUCCUUAGUGCAAUAUUUUGGUGAUAACUUGGGACAGAAAGUUAAAGCUAUGCCAUUAGUUGAAGAAACUUCUUUACUGGAAGAUUCAUCGGUGACUUUGCCUGUGGUAGUAAUAGGAAAUGGACCCUCAGGAAUCUGCCUUUCCUACAUGUUAUCAGGCUACAGGCCAUAUUUCUCAUCAGAAGCAAUACAUCCAAAUACAAUCUUACAUAGCAAAUUAGAAGAAGCAAGACACCUUUCCAUUGUUGAUCAGGACUUAGAAUACUUGUCUGAGGGCCUUGAGGGCCGAUCAUCCAAUCCAGUUGCAGUACUUUUCGACACACUUCUUCAUCCAGAUGCUGACUUUGGGUAUGAUUAUCCAUCUGUUUUGCAUUGGAAAUUAGAACAACAUCAUUACAUCCCUCACUUAGUUCUUGGUAAAGGUCCACCUGGUGGAGCUUGGCACAAUAUGGAAGGUUCCAUGUUGACAAUCAGCUUUGGAAAUUGGAUGGAACUACCUGGACUUAAAUUUAAAGAUUGGGUAUCUAGCAAACGAAGGAACCUAAAAGGGGAUCGGGUCAUGCCCGAGGAAAUAGCUCGCUACUAUAAACAUUAUGUAAAAGUCAUGGGUCUUCAGAAGAAUUUCAGAGAGAAUACUUAUAUCACCUCUGUAUCAAGACUCUACAGAGAUCAAGAUGAUGAUGAUGGACAAGACAGAAAUAUUUCAACACAGCAUUUACAGAUAGAGAAGUCAAAAUUUAUCAAGAGGAAUUGGGAAGUCAGGGGUUAUCAGCGAACAGCAGACGGGUCCCAUGUUCCCUUCUGUCUCUUUGCUGAGAAUGUAGCUCUGGCAACUGGAACAUUGGAUUCUCCUGCCCAUCUGGAGAUUGAAGGGGAAGAUUUUCCUUUUGUGUUUCAUUCAAUGCCUGAGUUUGGAGCUGCUAUAAGCAAAGGAAAGUUGCGUGGCAAAGUGGAUCCGGUGUUAAUUGUAGGUUCGGGGCUUACUGCAGCCGACGCGGUACUGUGUGCUUACAACAAUAACAUUCCUGUGAUUCAUGUAUUUCGCAGACGAGUAACUGAUCCAAGCUUAAUUUUCAAACAGCUUCCUAAAAAGCUUUAUCCAGAAUACCAUAAAGUCUAUCAUAUGAUGUGUACUCAGUCAUAUUCUGUAGACUCAAAUCUUUUAUCUGAUUAUACCAGUUUUCCUGAGCACCAUGUGCUUUCCUUUAAGUCGGACAUGAAAUGCAUUCUUCAAAGCCUCUCUGGAUUGAAAAAAGUAUUUAAGCUCUCUGCGGCCGUAGUACUGAUCGGUUCUCAUCCCAAUCUGUCCUUUCUGAAGGAGCAGGGCUGUUACCUGGGCCAUAACUCAAGCCAGCCAAUCACCUGUAAGAACAAUCCUGUGGAAAUAGAUGCAUAUACCUACGAAUGUGUUAAAGAAGCCAACCUCUUUGCAUUGGGUCCUUUGGUUGGAGAUAAUUUUGUUCGAUUUUUAAAGGGAGGGGCACUGGCUGUUACACGCUGUUUGGCUACAAGACAGAAGAAAAAGCAUUUAUUUGUUGAAAGAGGAGGAGGAGAUGGGAUAGCCUAAAGCAAGUUUACAAGUAAUCUAUAUGGACAGUUAACCAUUAAAGAUUUUUCUUACUGGUUUUGCAGUGCACUGGCUUGGAUUUUCUGGACUUGGAUGAACUGGAAGAGCGCCUCAAGCUAUAGUAACUAUUUAAAGUUACAAGAACUUGGUGUCCUGAUUUAUAUUGUAUGAAAGGUGUCAUUGUCGGAUGAAUAGAAACACUGCCAAUUUGGUAUACCUUAAGCUUUCACUUAACUAAAACAUUCUUUUCUUCUAAGGCCUAUUUUUUUGUGAUCAUUUGUGGUUAUGUUUGAUUCCAAAAUCUCUUACAGCCUUGAAUAAUCUUUAAAACUAUACAGUCUAUUAGGCCAGAAAUCAUCUUCACUAUAGAGUAGGUCACCUUGCUGCUUAAAGGGUGGUCUAAAGACCAGCAUUAGCUUCAUCUGUAGCUUGUUAGAAAUGUGGACUCUCAGACCCCACAACAGACUUAUUGAAUCAGAAACUGCAUCUAAUGAGAUCUUCAAGGAAUUAUUAUGUAUGCUUAUUAAAGUUUGAGGCACACUGGUAUAAAAGAGAAUGUGAUAUAAGUUAUGUAUUCUGGGGGUGGGCAGGGUAGGAGGCACUUAUAACUCAGGUUUAAUUUAUUUUGAAUUCUCAAUUUCUAUAAAUCUAAUUUAUUACCAAAUACGGUAUUUUAAAAAAUAUUUUUAUUGUUGGAACCUUGAUAAGUACUUCAUAUUCUUAGCUUCUAAUAAUUUAAACAGUCCAAUAAUGUUGGCAUACAUUUAGACAUACAGGAACCUGCAAAGAUAUUUUGGAGAUUUAUUCUCUAACUAGCAUAAUAAUCUAAUUUGCAAUUCAAUAAAUUGUGAAACUACUUA